GACAAGCGGAACCUGUUGGAGAGCAGGAGCGGGGCGCGGUCAUUCUUAGGAUCACAUUGGAAGAGUGAGGCUGCUUGGACCCCUCCUGUGGACCUGCCCGCUGUUGAGCUGGCUGUCCAGAGCAACCAUUAUUGCCAUGCCCAGAAGGAUUCCUGUAGUCACCCUGACUCCAAGAGGCAGAAGGCCCGGCGCAAACUCUAUCUGGCCUCUGCCAUCUGCCUGAUGUUCAUGAUCGGAGAAAUCAUCGGUGGGUACCUGGCACACAGCCUGGCCAUUAUGACUGACGCAGCUCACCUGCUCACCGAUUUUGCCAGCAUGCUCAUUAGCCUCUUCUCCCUGUGGAUGUCUUCCCGACCGGCCACCAAGACCAUGAAUUUCGGCUGGCAACGAGCUGAGAUCCUUGGAGCCUUGGUGUCUGUACUGUCCAUCUGGGUGGUGACUGGGGUGCUGGUGUACCUGGCUGUGCAGCGCUUGAUUUCUGGAGACUAUGAGAUCAAAGGGGAUACCAUGUUGAUCACGUCGGGCUGCGCGGUGGCUGUAAACAUCAUAAUGGGGUUGACCCUUCAUCAAUCUGGACAUGGGCACAGCCAUGGACAGGGGCAAAGCCAUGGACAUGAACACAGCCAUGGUGACCAAAGCCAUGAAGACAGCCAACAGCAACAGGAGAACCCCAGUGUCCGAGCAGCCUUCAUCCAUGUGAUUGGGGACCUUCUGCAGAGUUUGGGUGUCCUGGUAGCUGCCUACAUUAUAUAUUUCAAGCCUGAGUAUAAGUACGUGGAUCCCAUCUGCACUUUCCUCUUCUCCGUGCUGGUCCUGGGGACAACGUUAACCAUCCUAAGAGAUGUGACCUUGGUUCUCAUGGAAGGGACUCCCAAAGGUGUGGACUUCACAGCCGUGAAGAAUCUCCUGCUGUCCGUGGAUGGGGUGGAAGCCUUGCACAGCCUGCAUAUCUGGGCACUGACAGUGGCCCAGCCGGUGCUGUCUGUCCACAUAGCUAUCGCUCCGAAUGCUGACCCCCAGGCUGUGCUGAAGGUGGCUAGGGACCGCCUCCAGGGGAAGUUCAAUUUCCACAUCAUGACCAUCCAAAUUGAGAACUACACUGAGGAGAUGAAGGACUGCCAGGAGUGCCAGGGCCCCUCAGACUGA